AUGAAAACAAAUAAUUAUUAAUAAAAAGUAGAUGAAUGCACAGAAGCUUUUUUAAAUCAAUUAGAAGUAAUAUUAUUUAUUAAUAUAUUUAAUAGUCUUCAUUCAAUAAUAUUAACAAUGAAAUUGAUUCACUUCUUAAUUUAACUGAAUUAAUCAAUUAUAAUUAUCAACCUAUUAAAUUAACUUCUGUUAAUACACCUAAAACUAAUUUUGAGAAAUUAAGCCUUGCUCAAUAAUUAUCUUAAGACAUGUAAUCAUUAAUAACACUUAAUGUUAACAAUUAAAUUAAUCAUAAAACAAUAUCUAUAAAAUAAGAAGAGAAUUUGCAAAUUUUAGGUCAUAAACAAUAUAUGACUUAAGAAAUUUAAAAAGAAAAGAUAGAAAGAAUUAAAAAAAAUUAAAAAUCAAUUGAAUAAAAAGUACCAGAUAAAGAUACUCUAUUACAACCAUUAAAUAAAUAAAAGUCAUUACUCUAUAAUUAAUCAAAUAAUGAAAAAUUAGAAACUAUUUAAUCGAUUAAUAAAUCAGAUGUUCAAUCAUUCACUUAUUAACUAAUUUAACAAUAUUCAAUUUCAUAAAAUGAAUGUUGUAGGGCAAUAGAUAUAAAUAAAGAUUGUUCAAUCUUAUUGGCUGGAUGUGAUAAAGAAAUUAAAGUAUUUGAAUUUAAUUAAGGAAUUAUGAAAUUAAAAUAAAUUUUAAGUGAGCAUAAUAAUGAUGUACAUACUCUAAAUUUCAUGAAGAAAUCAAAUUAGUUUAUUUCAGGGAGUUAUUAAUCUAUCAUUAUAUGGUAAUAGAAUUAAAAUCAAUAAUAUGUUACUUAAUAGAUAUUAAAUGGACAUAAUAGUUGGAUAUAUUGUUUAAUAUUAAAUAAUAAUGAAGACUUGAUUAUAUCAGGAGGUUCAGAUAAUACAAUUAAAUUUUGGAUGAAAAAGAAUGAAUGGACGUGUUAACAAACUAUUAAAGAUCAUUAUAAUUCUGUAUUUGGAUUAAGUUUAAAUUAAUAGUAAAAUAGAGUGGUUUCUUGUGGUAAUGAUAAAUAAAUAUUAAUAAUUGAACAAUAAUAAUAGAAUAAAGAAUGGAUUGUUACAUAAAAAAUUACAGUUGAAUUAUCUACAUUACGAGUAUGCUUUAUUGAUAAUGAUAUAUUCACAUUAUCACAAUGUGGUUAAAAUUAGAUAUCUAUUUUUGAGAUGAACACUAUCAAUAAAUAGUUUACAAAAACUAAAGAUAUUGUUGUAAAAUGUGGAUCAGAUGGUUAUUGUUUAUUUCCUUAAUAAUAUUUAAAUUCAAAAUCNAAUUUAAUUUUUAAUUAAUUCAUCAUUCUAAUUAGACUUAUUAAAUAUUAUAUCGAACAAAUAAGCAGGCUAUUCUAUAAAAUAUAAUAAAAUUUAAACUUUGUAAUAUAAUACAUAUUUUUAGAAGAUAUUGAUUUACGUUUUUUUUAGUAUAAAUAGAUUUAUUGAAAUAUUAUCUUUGAUUAAAUAAUUUAGAAAUUAAUAAAAAAUUGAUAUGAAAACAAAUAAUUAUUAAUAAAAAGUAGAUGAAUGCACAGAAGCUUUUUUAAAUCAAUUAGAAGUAAUAUUAUUUAUUAAUAUAUUUAAUAGUCUUCAUUCAAUAAUAUUAACAAUGAAAUUGAUUCACUUCUUAAUUUAACUGAAUUAAUCAAUUAUAAUUAUCAACCUAUUAAAUUAACUUCUGUUAAUACACCUAAAACUAAUUUUGAGAAAUUAAGCCUUGCUCAAUAAUUAUCUUAAGACAUGUAAUCAUUAAUAACACUUAAUGUUAACAAUUAAAUUAAUCAUAAAACAAUAUCUAUAAAAUAAGAAGAGAAUUUGCAAAUUUUAGGUCAUAAACAAUAUAUGACUUAAGAAAUUUAAAAAGAAAAGAUAGAAAGAAUUAAAAAAAAUUAAAAAUCAAUUGAAUAAAAAGUACCAGAUAAAGAUACUCUAUUACAACCAUUAAAUAAAUAAAAGUCAUUACUCUAUAAUUAAUCAAAUAAUGAAAAAUUAGAAACUAUUUAAUCGAUUAAUAAAUCAGAUGUUCAAUCAUUCACUUAUUAACUAAUUUAACAAUAUUCAAUUUCAUAAAAUGAAUGUUGUAGGGCAAUAGAUAUAAAUAAAGAUUGUUCAAUCUUAUUGGCUGGAUGUGAUAAAGAAAUUAAAGUAUUUGAAUUUAAUUAAGGAAUUAUGAAAUUAAAAUAAAUUUUAAGUGAGCAUAAUAAUGAUGUACAUACUCUAAAUUUCAUGAAGAAAUCAAAUUAGUUUAUUUCAGGGAGUUAUUAAUCUAUCAUUAUAUGGUAAUAGAAUUAAAAUCAAUAAUAUGUUACUUAAUAGAUAUUAAAUGGACAUAAUAGUUGGAUAUAUUGUUUAAUAUUAAAUAAUAAUGAAGACUUGAUUAUAUCAGGAGGUUCAGAUAAUACAAUUAAAUUUUGGAUGAAAAAGAAUGAAUGGACGUGUUAACAAACUAUUAAAGAUCAUUAUAAUUCUGUAUUUGGAUUAAGUUUAAAUUAAUAGUAAAAUAGAGUGGUUUCUUGUGGUAAUGAUAAAUAAAUAUUAAUAAUUGAACAAUAAUAAUAGAAUAAAGAAUGGAUUGUUACAUAAAAAAUUACAGUUGAAUUAUCUACAUUACGAGUAUGCUUUAUUGAUAAUGAUAUAUUCACAUUAUCACAAUGUGGUUAAAAUUAGAUAUCUAUUUUUGAGAUGAACACUAUCAAUAAAUAGUUUACAAAAACUAAAGAUAUUGUUGUAAAAUGUGGAUCAGAUGGUUAUUGUUUAUUUCCUUAAUAAUAUUUAAAUUCAAAAUCCAUAUUAUUCAGUAAAAAUGGUGAAUAUGUCAAUUUAAUAAGGAAAAAAUAAAAUGGAGAAUACUUAACUGAAUAAUCUAUUCAUUUUAGUACAAAUGUUUUAUUUGGAAGAAUAAGCGAUGAUGGAGAGUAUCUAAUAACUUGGGAGAACAAAUCAAAAGAAAUACAACUCAGAAGAUACAAAGAAUAAUGA